UAAUGUUAUUCAAAUAAAUAAUACAAAAUAGAUAUUACUUUUAGUACAUUAUAGACAUCAAAGUAGGCGUUUUAUGAAAGAUUUUUGAGGCUUUUUACAACCAAUUUGCAAAACUGAUUUUAAAAUCUUUACAUCAAAUUACACUUUUAAGUACAGUAUAGUGUAGUAUACUUUUAAAGCCUUAAAAAAUAAUUACUAAAUGAUCUGAUAAUGUCUUUAAGCGAAUCUUUGAGGGAAAAUCUUUGCAGUUUUUUUGAGUACAAGACACCAAAGAUAGUCCACAUUAAGAGCCGAAAAGUGGGAAUUUUGAAUCGUUUAAUACAAGCCGUUAUUAUCUCAUACAUUGUCGGUUUUAUCCUUAUUUACAAAAAAGGAUAUCAAGAGUUUUCGGGUGUCGAAAGUUCGGUGACCACUAAAGUCAAAGGAGUUUUAUCCACAAGAAAUUUAACACAAAAUGAUUUCAAUGACAACUAUAUUGAGGAUAUGGAUCUCUAUGUAAGAAUUUGGGACACAACUGAUCUGGUGGUGCCGGCAUCGGAAAACGGAGCGUUUUUCGUGACCACAAAUAUGAUAUUAACACCAAACCAGUCACUGGGUGUCUGUCCUGAAGAUGCAGAUGUUUCUGACGCUGUCUGUGAUCCAAACAUAAAGGGUUUCUGUGACGACAAAGUUUUUCUAUUAGGACACGGUAUUGCAACCGGAAAGUGUGUUAACUCAACACGAAAGGGUGUCUACACGUGUGAAAUAGAUGGCUGGUGUCCGGUCGAGAAAGAUGACUAUCCACUCAAAGACAACAAACCAUUAUUUACGGCAACAAAAAACUUUACGGUUUUGAUUAAAAAUAGCAUUCGUUUCAGUGAUUAUAAUAUCAGAAGAAGGAAUAUCAUUGAAAUCGAUAAUUCAUCUAAACUUAGAGAUUGUACUUACGAUCCGAUUAUGAAUGCCGGAUGUCCUGUCUUUGUGCUCAACGAUAUUGUUAGGUGGGCUGACCAGGACUACGACCAGAUUUCACAAUACGGUGGAGUCAUUGGCAUAGAAAUCAAUUGGGACUGCAAUUUGGACUUUGAUCUCAAAUACUGUGUCCCAAAGUAUUCGUUCAAACGUUUGGACGAUCCGCACACUAGUAUAGCUAAGGGCUGGAACUUUCGUUACUCCAACUAUUAUGACAAUAACCGGCGCACACUAUAUAAGGCUACGGGUAUUAGGUUUGUCUUAUUAGUUAGCGGUUCGGCCGGAAAAUUCAAUUUUAUACCUCUGGUCAUAAAACUCGGUUCAGGACUUGGAUUGCUCGCUAUUACAACAAUUAUCUGUGAUAUAGUUGUGCUUUAUCUGAAUAAAGGGGGAAAAUAUUAUAAGGACAAGAAGUAUCAAUAUGUGGAACAAGUGAACACUCAAUAUACGGAUAUGAUGGCAGCCAAUCUAAGACAAAGAACUUCAUCCGAUGAUCAACGAAGUAAUAAUUUUAUGGACCAAUGAUUUG